UAAGCUGGUCGUGGCGCUGUGCGCCUUGCACUUCUUCAUCAUGCUGGCGCUCUACCUGGACGUACACACUCACACCAUGCACGCCCUGCGGCGAGCCGGCGUGGCCAACGUUCCGGUCGCUGGGGCUGCCGCAUGGGCGCCCAGGAGUGGCGGUGGCCGGGAGACCCUGGCCUCGAACGGCAGCGUGGGGACCUCUUUCUCAGAGGGAGCUGCUGGACACAUGGGCGCUGGCAAGACACCUUUGGACCCAUGUCCUGACUCGCCCAAGGGCCUCUUGGGUCCGUUAAAGGUGGAUUUCACAAAGACUCCAACUCUGGAGGAGGUGCAGAAGUCGAACCCGAAUGUGGAGCUGGGUGGCCGGUUCCGCCCCAAGGAUUGUCUGUCCAGCCAGAAGGUGGCCAUCAUCAUCCCGUUCCGGCACCGGGAUGAACACCUCAAGCACUGGCUCUACUACCUGCACCCUGUGCUUCAGCGACAACGCAUAGAGUACGGGGUCUACGUCCUUAACCAGUUUGGAGAGGGCGUGUUCAACCGAGCCAAGCUCAUGAACAUCGGCUACGUGGAGGCCCUCAAGGAUGCCCCCUAUGACUGUUUCAUCUUCAGCGACGUCGACCUGGUGCCCAUGGACGACCGCAACCUCUACCGCUGCUACGACAACCCUCGGCACUUCUCCGUCGCCAUGGACAAGUUCAGCUUCCGGCUGCCAUACAACUCGUACUUUGGUGGAGUGUCAGGCCUCUCCAAGGCACAGUACCUGAAGAUAAAUGGAUUUCCCAAUGAAUACUGGGGCUGGGGUGGUGAGGACGAUGACAUUUACAACAGGGUUGUUGUUCAGGGAAUGAGGCUGUCUCGACCCGACGGAAGUCUGGGACGCUACAGAAUGGUAAAGCAUGCAAGAGAUGCCAAAAAUGAACCCAAUCCCAAGCGGUAA